AAAAUGCCGCCGCAGAACCUCCGAAUCGAUACGACGCGCGUCACGUGCCGCCGCCCGCGACCAAUCGCCGCGCGCCGGCCACGGCUCCCCGCGCUCCGCUCGCCAGUUGCCUCCCGGCCGCCACGGGGGACGUACGCACGCCGUGCUCGCGAUCGUUCCGAUGUGUACACACCGUGCAGUGACGCUAUGAGUGCGUGGACCGAGGAUGCGCUCUCCUGGCGCGACGAGCGACUCAGCCUCACCGAGUUGCCUACCAAUAGGAGAAAACAACGCAGCGCCCCCUACAGGUUACACCGACCGCAUUUGCACGUGCCUGAACCGGUACCAGAGCCACAGGGAACGCACAUUUCGAGAUUGUAUCCGGAGUUGCUCGCGCUCAUCUUUGAAAGGCUUCCAGUGAGAGACAGAGGUCGCGCAGCCCAAGUUUGCCGCGCGUGGAAAGAUGCAGCCGACCGACGAUCCGUUUGGCGGGGAGUCGAAGCAGCAUUGCACUUGAGAAGGCCAGCGCCAGUAUUGUUUGCUUCACUCGCAAGAAGAGGAAUAAGGAAACUACAAGUUUUGUCUCUUAGGCGAGGCUUGAGAGACGCCGUCGCAGCGCUUCCAGGAUUAGAAUCCUUAUCGUUGAGUGGGUGCUAUAGCGUGACAGACGCAGCUUUAGCCAGUGCAUUCGCAGCGGAACUGCCAGCUUUAAAAAGACUAGACUUAUCCCUUUGUAAACAAGUGACGGACUCGUCUCUAGGAAGAAUAGCACAAUCAUUGAAAAAUUUAGAGGAAUUAGAAUUGGGAGGUUGUUGCAAUAUAACCGACACGGGGCUGUUGCUGAUAGCAUGGGGCCUGAGGAAGUUGCGACGAUUAAACUUGAGGUCUUGUUGGCACGUGAACGACGCUGGUAUAGCGCAUUUGUGCGGAGGAGGAGAGGCCAGAGGGACACCGGAGUUAGAACAUUUGGGUCUACAGGAUUGCCAGAGGCUUACGGAUGAAGCGUUGAAACACGCAGCAACAGGUCUCCCUAAACUGAAAUCCAUCAAUUUAUCCUUUUGCGUAGCGGUGACUGAUGCUGGAUUGAGGCAUCUUGCGAGACUACCGCACUUAGAAGACAUAAACUUGAGAGCAUGUGACGGAGUAUCGGACGCCGGAGUGGCUCAUUUAGCCGAGAGUGGUAGAUUACGCGCGUUGGACGUUUCGUUUUGUGAUAAAGUAGGGGACGAGGCGUUAUCUCAUGCGACUCUAGGGCUAUCUGGACUGCGCUCGUUAUCUCUGAGUGCUUGUCGUUUGACGGACGAGGGCUUAGAGAGGGUCGCUAGGCUAUCUCAACUAGAGACUCUCAAUAUAGGACAGUGCACGCGGGUCACAGACAGAGGAUUGCGUGCUUUAGGCGACGGCUUGCUGAACUUAAGGGCUAUAGACUUGUAUGGUUGUACGUGUAUAACGCCUCAAGGCUUGGACCAUAUCGUGAAGUUGCCUCGGCUUAGUGUACUUAACCUCGGCUUGUGGCAUGUACGGUGACCACACACGCGCUAACUCAAGUCCGUAUGCAAGAUCAGUGUGUGAGUGAGCGGCCAUUGUGAAGUGAAGGAGCCACCAAGGUUGUAUGCUCUAGACAGUGGAUAUAAGAGAAUUAACCAAUUUUUAAAUGAUAUUAUCCAAUUAAUUUGUUAGGAAGUGGGGUCGCUUUCUUUUGUUUCUGUUUAAACAUUGUUUUUACUUUGAACUUUGUUGAAUUAAGUUUGGGACUGAUUUUGAAUCGCUUCGGUUGUGUUUUAAGAAAGUUGCCCCAAUGCCUAGUCGUUGUAUUGAGCCAGAUCUCUUUGGGCACGUUGUUCUGUAUACUGUGUCAUCUGAAAUGUUUACCUUGUUUCGUUCACGAUAUAUAAUGACGCAGUUUAUUUCUCAAAAAGGUCUGGUAUAUCAAUAUAGUUGCUCCAUUAGAUAGAUAUUUAGCCAUUCUUCAAAUUAAGCGUUUUAAUUCGACCUUACGCACUAACUACUGGAAAAUUGUUAUAAUUAGGAUAUUGUUAAUUGUCGUUAAUAUUUGGGAGAAAGUAAGAAAUGUAAAAUUAGCAUAGGUCUCUUCAUUGAAAUCGACUGACCACCAAAAAUCUUCUCAAACUAAUAUCUGAUUCUGAAUCCAAAGAGUAAUUUUAUACGUGUAAAAUAAUUCUACGUAGGAAAGCAUGAUUCACACAUCAUUUAUAGUUCAACGAACAAACGAGCUAUAGUGAUAUUACCAUUGGCUCUGUUUAAAACAAUAGGCCUUCUAACAAUGGAGCUCGGAGACUGAAUGUCAAACAAUUUACUGUAAUACGGAAAAAAAUCUCCCUUUGUAACAUUCCUAACUGUAAUGCCUUUGUUAACCCUCGAGGAGAAUAGGUACUGAUCAUAACUAAAACUUUUGAUAUUUUUACAACUUUUACCUGUAGUCUUAGAGAUGUUUCAAACUGUAAUAAUGAAAGAUUUUAUGAUACGGAUGGUUUUAGAGGAAUUGAAAAUCGAAGCAAAAUAAUAACUAAGAUCAAAAUAAAAGAUUUCGUUUUCGAAGAUCAUAAACUAAAUGUGAAAAUAAUUCAUAAAGCAAACAGGUAUUUCAUUGUAAAUAACGGUGACGCAAUGCCAAGACGUUGAUUUAUUCAAUUCAUUUAUUAUCUUAGCGCGGUAGACAUUUUCUUUAAUAAAUGAUAAGAAAUGCCUUGACACAGUUCUACGGAGCAAAAAUUGUUAAAUGAAGAAAGUGACGGUUUGUGAACAGCAGUAGCUAGGCAAGGGGUUUUGUUGUGUUUUAAUUUUUAUAUGUCUUCCGAUUGCCAUGAGUAAAAUUGAUUGGCGAAGUUUUUGAUAGUGAAAUGGUAAAAAUGUACAGCUGAAAUUAUUGAUUUAAAUAUGUAAAAGAUCAUGCCGUAAAUAAUGUCUAUACAGUUUGUGAAAUUGCCUGUUUCAUUUAAAAAAUUCCUAACGUAAAGUUGACAAUAUGUUUAGAUUAAUCAUUAUUUUAAUACGAAAAAGCUUUAUUUUUCUAAUCAAGAAAAUAACCAAAAAUCUAUGAUUUUAUAUAUUAACAGGACAAAGCAUCUGUAUACUAUUAUAAACAUAUUAACAAUAAUUAAAUUAAAAAUAUGAAACAAGAAAUUGCUCAAUACUUAGAGAUUAUAAAUGAUCAACAAAAGUUGAAACUUAAUUAAAUUAUAUUUUUGCAGACAACGUUCAGACGAUUAAGAUAAUAUUGAUUAUGUAUUACUUCAAAAAAAAACAAAAUAUGAAAGUGAAACUAUAUUUAAUAAAAGAAGAAACUAUAUUUCUUCUGAGAAGUUUUUUCCGAAUUCCAAAAGUUGGUAAAUCGGAACUGUACACGUAUACACAGUGAAUUUUGAGUUACUUAAGGAACUUAAAAAUCGUGUAAAUAAAAAUAGUGAGAACACUUAAAAACAGUAAACAGGUGUACUUCGUUUACUGUUUAUACUAAAUUUAUGUUGCUUGAAAAAUAUCCUAAAAUGGAGCAAAUUUGUAAAUAAUAUACCAAUUAUGGAAUUAUUAUCCGUUUAAAGUGCGUAGAUCCUAAAAAUAGAUUUAUUUGAAUCAAUUUUUAACAAUAACAAUUGUUAAGGAUUAAUUAUUGAGCUACACUUUGAAAAAAAAACAUUUUUUAUGUAAAUAUUAUGUAUAUCGUUAUCUGAAUUACCUAGUGCAGCGGGUAACUCGAAAUUCAUGGUGUAUAUUUUAUUUUAUCAUCUAUAAUUGAAUGGGAAAUUACUCAAAAUUCAUAACAGUUAAGAUACAUUAUGUAUAGCAUUUUAUUAUGAUCAAUUUAUUCUGAUAUUGUUGAAGAUCUCCUAUCAAAAGCGUUUUUUAUUUGUUGUUUUAUUUAUGGCACAAUAUUCCAGGCUAAAGCUUGGUUAUGCAAUACGGUCAAGUGAUUUAAGACAAAAUUCGUUAUGAUCCUUGAUUUGAGCUCUGUCAACACAAUUUCCUAAUUUACCAUUGUUAGAUUUAUACAUUCGAUUAUUCCAAAUACUGUCUCCCAACAAGUCACGAUCUCGUAUAAAUACGUAAUUUUUGAUAUUAUGCUUAGUUAUUAAUUUUUUUAUACUUUGUGAUUUUGCAUGAGGUCGAAUUGAAAUUGGAAACAAGUUGUAUACUUCGUCGAUACGUUGUUUUUUGUACAAAACGAAAUGUAAUAUAGGAAAAAAGUGUAUUAAAAAGUCAUGGUUUAAGUUACAAAUUA